AAAUCCUGAUUAGUUAUAAAGUACUACAUUUAUGUAUUAUUAACGGUUAUCUGUUGGUUUCUUAGUAUUUAAGUUACUUUUAUCUAUGAUAUAGUAUAUAUGAUGAAUGUAUACGAUCAACCGAAUUUGUACAUCUGUAUUUUGAAACUUUAGGUUCUUAGAAAAUACGUUUAUAGAUUUUGCGCGAAAUGGACCGUAGGACAUAUAAUUUACUUUGACAGUAAACCGUGGGCAGUCUUGAUUGGUCGUUACGUUAACUUUUCUUCGUAGCAUGUUUUCAUUUGCGUAUCUACUCCCAUUGAUUUUAAAUAAAUAAACUAGCAGUUGUUCCCCCAAUAGGGGCGCAAUCAGAAGAACUGUCAGACAUGCCGAUCACUGUUCAGUGGAAACAAGGAAAAGUGCCAUACUACAUCAAUAAAGAUCAUUAUGGUCAAACAAUAAGAAAUCGCAUUCGCCUUGUAAUGAAUAUGUUGGAGAGGAUAUCUUGCGUGGUCUUCGAGGAUAUAGAAUUGAAGCCGCCGCGGACCAAAAAAGUUAGAGGAGACCUUUGGAUCAAUAUCGAGAACCCUCGUAAGACUAGAGAAUGUUCGCACACACUUAUGAAGGGAUAUGGCGAUUCUGCGGUUCUUGUAUUGGGCUACGAUUGCAUGAGCACCACGGAGAUAACACAUGCUCUGAUGCAUGCGCUGGGCUUCCCCGACGAGGUGACCCUGCCAUCCCGCGAUAACUUCGUCAGAAUAAUGUGGAACAAUAUACAACCUAAGUACAGACCGUUGUUUUGGGCACAGAAUACAAAAGGCAAUCAGCGCAAUGCGUUAAAGGACUAUGAUCCGAUGAGCAUCAUGCACUUCCAUGAUCGAGCAUACACUAUCAACGGCGGUCCCACUAUUGUACCUUUGAACCCAAGCAUCGUAUUGAAGCCUCCAAGCGGUCUUUCGGAGUUGGACCGCUCAAAUAUAUAUAAGGCUUUUCGUCACGAGUGUAACAAGCGUAAAGUUAAUAAUCUGAUCGAACAUUGUCGCAUCGACUACGCCGACGACGACUACGAUGAUGAUAUACCAGGACUUUCAGUUUGACAAUAAAGAGUCUGACGCGGUGACAGUUGGAACUAAAAAUCAAAAUCAAAUAAAAAUUGUUAACAUCGUUAAUAAAUAAAAAAAUAAAAAAAAUCAUUUAUUUCAGGUUUCCCCAUAUAAGAUUACAAAGCAGGAAAUACAGAAACAACAUCACAAAAUAUGAUAAAUACAAGUUUAAUACAAAAUUGAAUAAUAAAUACAAUGUUAAAUAAAAUUCAUCAUCAUCAUCAUCAUCUCAGCCAUAGGACGUCCACUGCUGAACAUAGGCCUCC